CAGCAGCGAUAAGGCUAAUCGCCAGGCUAGAUUCUUCCAAGAACAACAAGUGCCAAAACAACAGGUUAUCAGUUCCCAAGGAUUCCAGACGCUCUUCCGGGAUCCGGCGGUCCAAGAAUCCAACCCGCGUCCUGUUAACACCGCUCCUGUGUUCCCUCCACGCCAGCCUACUCCUGCUCCUCGUCCAGCUCCUCAGCUAACUGUCACUCCUUCCGUUGAUGACACUUUCUACGGCGAUCUUAACUUCACUGAUGCCGAUUACUUCUACUAUUACGACCUUUACGACGUAGAUUACUACGACAAUGCUCCAACUGCUACACCUCCUCCAGUCAGACGCCCAGCAACUGCAGCUCCAACCAGAGAGGUCACAAGUGCGGUUGAGUUUGAGACCCGACCUCCGCCACGUUCAACCACAACCACCACCACAAGUACCACCACAACCACAACCACAACCAAACCCCGUCCUCGCACUACCACCACUACCACCACCACCUCCACCACCCCCGCUCCCACCGCCGGUCCUAAAUUGAGGCCUAUUCCUGAAAGACGUCGCGUGGCUGCCUCUAGCUCCAAGUCUUUCUCAAGGGGAGGAACUGCAAGAAGUGGAUCUUCUCUCCCCUCUAGUAACUCCCCUACCCCCUCUUCCUCCCUCCGGGCGUCGAGCUCUCCUUCCAGGCUCACCGCGUCGUCCUCCAGGAGCCAGCCCCUUCCCUCCUCCUCCUCCUCCUCCAGGGACGGUCUAACCCAGCUCUUCGAAUUUUCCGACUUUGACUUUGAUUCUGCACGCCCUGGCUCCUCCUUUUCCUUCUCGGGCGUCGAAUCCCCCGACCAAUCUACUAUCUCAAAGCCUGGCCGCUCUGAAUCCUCCCGCCAACAGUCCUUUAGGCAACCCCAAUCCCCCCGUGCCGAAGAGACCGUUUCCCGAACCCAAUCCCGGUCCAGAUCCCAACCCCAAUCCCAGUCCCAAUCCCAGUCCUCCUCCGGGAGCGAGAUCCGAGCUCACCCAGCCCGAGUCCAGGCUGCGAUCCCGGCCAAGAAACCCCAGGCUAUUUCCCGCGCGCCCGUCAAUGAGCAGAUGUCCUCCCAGGCCUUGAGGGCGAGAGCUCCCCUCACCUCCACCCUCUCUCGCUCCUCUUCUUCCUCCUCCUCCUCCCAGCCAUCCUCAGCUUCCAGUACUCUCCGUGCCUCCGAGUCAUCCUCUCGAGGCUCUCCCUCUACUUCUUCUUCUUCCUCCUCCUCCUCCCAACGCUCCUCUCAGUCUUCUUCUCCCUCUUCCGGUAUCCGUUCCUCUAGUUCCCCCGAGAGUACCCAGAGGUCAAGACGCCCAAGCUCUUCUUCCUCAUCGUCCAACCGCGGUUCCUCGUCGUCCUCCUCCUCCUCUUCCUCAUCCAGUGGACCCGUGACUGUAGACACUUCGGUGCCAAAGAGGCCAGCUCCAGUCCGCCCUCAGCCUCCCGUUGACACCAAGGCCACCAAGUGCGACCCCAAAGUGUGUGUUCUCCCAGACUGCUACUGCGGAGGAAAAGAUAUUCCAGGUGGUUUCGCCCCCGAGACAGUUCCUCAGAUUGUCCUAUUAACAUUUGACGAUGCCGUGAACGAUCUCAACAAAGGGCUAUACCGCGACCUCUUUGAAGUUGGGAGAACCAACCCCAACGGAUGCCCUAUUGCCUCCACCAUGUAUGUUAGUCACGAGUGGACUGACUACUCCCAGGUUCAGAACCUUUAUGCUGAUGGACACGAAAUUGCCUCACACUCAGUGUCGCAUAGCUUCGGUGAGCAGUUCUCCAUCAAGAAAUGGGCAAAGGAAAUCGCUGGACAGAGGGAGAUCAUGGCAGCCUAUGGUGGUGUGAAGAUGGAGGAUGUGAGGGGCAUGAGAGCACCAUUCUUGGCUAUUGGCGGCAACAAGAUGUUCAAGAUGUUAUACGACUACAACUUCACCUACGAUUCCUCCAUGCCUGUCUACGAGAACAAGCCUCCCAGCUGGCCAUACACUUUGGAUUAUAAGAUCUUCCACGACUGCAUGAUCCCUCCCUGUCCCACCAACUCUUAUCCUGGAGUAUGGCAGGUGCCUAUGGUGAUGUGGCAGGAUCUGACUGGCGGCCGCUGCUCCAUGGGUGACGCCUGCACCACGCCCCCCGACGCCGAGGGAGUCUACAAGAUGCUGAUCAAGAACUUCGAGAGACAUUAUACCAGCAACAGGGCGCCAUUCGGUCUGUUCUACCACGCCGCUUGGUUCACCACACCUCACCACAAGGAAGGCUUCAUCGCUUUCCUAGACACCAUCACCGCCAUGGACGAUGUCUGGCUCGUCACUAACUGGCAGCUCCUUCAAUGGAUGCGCGACCCUCAGCCCCUUAGUACAAUCAAGAACUUCCCUGCGUUUGGCUGCAAUUAUCCAGAUCGUAAGCGUUGCACCAGCACCAAGGUCUGCAACGUCUGGCACAAGGGAGGCGUGCGUUACAUGCGAACGUGCCAACAGUGCCCCGAGAAAUACCCUUGGACUGGCAACACCGGAGUCAACAGCCCACUGAACGAUCUUUAAACGACCUAAAUUAUUUCCCACCUCACGACUGUGAUCUUGUGAUUUCGUUCGUUCGUUCUUGUUGUUUCAGGACCAUGGUCUGAUAGCGUCGUUGGGAAUGGCUGAAAGGAAAGAAUUGUAAUAAGGAAGUUUGCGAAAUUGAAUUGCCAAUGAUCUAAGUAGGUACAAUGACCCCAUGCUUCUGAACGAACAGAAUGUGACGACACACGACUGAAUGCCUAUUUACGCAAGGUUAAUUAGGUUAAGUACCAAUGUUAAAAUAUUUCGAAUUCAUUACCAUUACAGUUGGAAAGGCUCUUGUUGCCGUUAAAAAAACCUACAUGUUUCACGCCCACGCAAGUAUUCUCAAACACAAAUACGCUUCAUUUAGUUUGGUAAAGAGUGCAAACUCCUAUGGAGUCCUUUUUUAUUAGACCGUAUUUUUUCAUAUUCACAAAAAAAAACUCGCAUACAAAAUAUAAAAUAGAGCUAUCUACACACAACUCUUAUAUUUGCAAACGUGGCGUGAAUCAAGUUUGAUAAAUUUCCUGUUAUCGUGAUGUUUCGGUCCCUAAACCUUGACGAUAUUAAAAGUGUCAUUAUCAGCUCAUUUUAAACUGCAUGACUCUAGUAAUCUUCAUUUUCCAACUAUACAAAGGAGAAUGAACCUUACUAAACUUGAGUAUAGGUUAAAAAAAAAGUCUGGUAUUGUCACACACAAUAUAGACUAAGAGAUGUAGAUAUGUAUAUAGACAUUUCAUUUUACAUGUUAUAACUGUACCCUUGAGCAUAUGGUUGAAAAAAAGAGAUGUUCUGGCUAUAUCAGUGCAAUAAAUAAUAAAUAUUAGCUCCGCUCUACAUUAGAAUUUUCCCGAAAUCUGACUAACCCACAUCAAUAUUGGAUUGUAGAAAGGUACAAUACCCAACUGGCAUUCCUUAUAAAUAUUUGUUCAUGUUGACGUAUCCCCCUUUUUUUUAUACACGAUAGAUAUUUUUUUUGUCCAUUAUACAAUUUAAAAGUUUUUUUUUCUUCUCUUUUUUAAGUAUUUUUUCUUGUUUGUUCGUUUCUCUGAUGUCUAUUUUCUUCUUCUUCCUUGAUUUGAUGUGCCAAGGGAGCACUUAUGUAAAAGGUCAACACGUUAAGGAAAAUAGUUUGUUUCUUAUGGCGUUGGUGUUGUAUAGGAGGACCGAUUAAACCCUCAGGGCUGAGGAUUCACGCAGGCGAGACGAGAGCAACAGACGACGGAAAAGUUUUUCAUAGUUCCCCCACCCUAGAGUCACGUUAUGAUGUGGUUUAUUGCACCCAUUGUCUGUAUAUUCGUGAUCCUUAGGGUUUAACUUGAAUGACUUUCCUGAGCUGAAGAAAAGUAUUACUAUUGUUAUUUCUGUAUAUUUUUAUUUUUAUUCUCAUUAUCCUGUUUGUACUUUCUUGGGCUAUUUAAAAAAAUUCUUACACGAGGAUUGUGUGAGUUAUACCUCAAGAAAAUGUUCAUUCAGACUCGAGUAGUUAAAACAUCUUUACUCGUGAACAUUAAGAUCAUUUGUUAUGCAAAAAAGAACAGUUUUCCCCUUCUCUAACUCUGACGUUUAAACAGAAUGAAUAAAAUAUUAAUGAUUUCUACAUUAAACAAAAUAAAAGAAUCAUAUAUGAUAGAAGGGGCCUCUUUCUUGCUCCCGAAAAUAAAUGAAAAAUUCAACUUAUAAAAUAAAUAAACUUUUGUUUCUAUA